AUGUACGCAGACAUCAGCAAGCCACCAGCCCCUCUCCCAUCUAUCAAUCUCAAGGUCCUGAGGCCUGGUCUAUCUUUGCUGUACCCACUCUCCAGACGAGGCCACGGCCCCGGUCUCAUCAUUCUCUCCGCCACUACCGAGGACCCCGUGGCUUUCUACGAGGGUGUCCCUUCCUCAUUGGUGAAGUGGACUGAAGAAGGUUAUGCCGUUGUUCAGAUUGAAGCCGCUGCAUUUGAAGGAAAUGACAGCGGAGUUGUUCUCAAGGAAGCCAUCGAUGCUUUGAAGCAAUGUGAGAAGUGUGACCUGAACGAUAAAGUUGGCCUGGUUUCGUAUGAGCCAAAUUUAUGGAACAUCGCUGCUCCUGGAAUAGACCAAACCCCAGAGAUUGUUGCCAGUGUUCUUUACGCCGAUGAAGAGUCUGCAAAGACUCUGACCUCAAGCGAAAAGCCUGUGUUAAAACAUAUUGCUGGUAAAGAUUUCAAGCCCUCGAGUCAAUCACACUACCCCUACAAGGAGUCUUCAAGCUAUGCUUUCGCGACUCCAGGGCACCCUCACUUUCACUAUACAACUGAGUCGGUAUCUCACACCCGUAAUCUCCAGUUCCUGAAGCCCAAACUUAAUGGACCCUUCUUUGACCUCGAGGCUAUUUGGGAUGAACAUACCUGGUAUGAGUUUAGUGAUCGAUCGGUGCAGCAUACGAUGAGCACAAUGGUACAGGAACCUUAUGUGAAUCAUGUUCCAACUUUGACUGGCGGUAUCGGCCGAAGUAGUCUCACAAAGUUCUACCGAGAUAACUUCAUCUUCAACAAUUCCCUCGAUACUACGCUUGAUCUUAUUAGUCGCACGAUAGGCAUUGACCGUGUGAUUGACGAGUUCAUCUACAAAUUCACCCACGAUCGUGAGAUUGACUGGCUCUUACCUGGUAUUCCACCUACUUUCCAAAGAGCAGAGAUUCCAUUCACAGCCGUUGUCAACAUCCGGGGCGAUCGCCUGUAUCAUGAACACAUCUCUUGGGAUCAAGGCACUGCUCUCCGACAGCUUGGACUUAUGCCAGAGUAUCUGCCAUUCCCUUAUGCGGUCCCUGGUCAGACAGGAGGUCCUGGUGCAAAAUAUGAGUACCGAGUUCCUGUGAUCGGAAUUGAGACUGCGGAUAAGAUGCGGGAUAGGAACUCGGUUCCAUCAAAUGGCAUGUUCAGCUACAAGGUUCGACAGGUUCAAGACGGCCCAGAAAGCUUGAGGAAGGAAGAUGAUGUCAAGCAGGAGGCAGACAUUGUAGGUGUAGCUGCUUGAGCCCUGUUCAAAUUGAAAGAUAAAUCAUAUAUCAAAUUGGAUAUCUUACA